UUAGAGCAGAAGACAGACAAAAUACGGGAAACAGUUGAGCAUGGCUUCUGAGUGAUGAUUCUGGCUCUUCUGCGCUGGUGUUGCCUUUGCUGCGUGUAAUGAUCAGGAGUCUGAUUAAUUUGAACUCGGAUCUGAAAUGCUGUCCGAUCCACGGGACUCACGGGGUUACCGACAGCAUAAGUCAAAGAUCUAACCGGGACUGGAUCAUCUUUUGAGGAUAUCAACAUGAAAGACGAUGAGAGUGUGUGUGUGUGUGCUUUAGUGUUUGUUUGAACCUGUGUGUGUGUGUGUGUUUGUUUAAAGUACGUGUGUGUGUGUGUGUGUGUGUGUGUGUGUGUAUGCUUGCAUGAUUUGUUGUCAUGGCGCCAGUACCCCCCUGGUAUUCGCUUCCUCACAUCCUUCCACAGGGACCAAUGGUAUCGGGCGUUUACCUUCAUUCUCACCUUCCUGCUGUACACCAGCUUUCACCUCUCCAGGAAACCCAUCAGCAUCGUCAAGAGUGAGCUCCAUAAAAACUGUUCUGUGAUGGCGGAACUUUCUGAAGGCGGCAGCAGCAGCCAGCAGCCUCAGAUCCCAACAGACUGCAGCUGGAGGCCGUUUGAUAAGAGUAACUAUAAGCAGCUUCUUGGAGCCAUGGACUAUUCCUUUCUGUGUGCUUAUGCUGUGGGCAUGUACCUCAGUGGGAUCAUUGGUGAACGCCUACCCAUCCGUCUCUACCUGACAGUUGGCAUGGUAACCAGUGGGAUCUUCACCUGUCUAUUUGGUUUUGGGUAUAUCUACAACAUCCACUCUUUAGGAUUCUACAUAUUCAUCCAGGUGGCCAAUGGCCUGGUCCAGACUACAGGUUGGCCCAGUGUAGUCACCUGCAUUGGAAACUGGUUUGGCAAAGGAAGGCGUGGUCUGGUGAUGGGCGUUUGGAACUCACACACUUCAGUGGGCAACAUCCUGGGUUCUCUGAUCGCUGGCUGUUGGGUCUCGUCCAACUGGGGCCUGUCCUUCAUUGUGCCUGGACUCAUCAUCAUCGCCAUGGGAAUCGUCUGCUUCUUUUUCCUCAUUGAACAUCCAAAUGACUUGAGAAAUGUCUACACACACAAUACAUCUGGAACUAAUACUAGGGGACGGACUGGACGCAAUGGGCAAGUGGACGCACUCCUCCAGUACAAAGCAGGCAAGACACAGAGUUGGGACACAGAGUUGUUGUUGCCCCAGAGUGAUCGUGAGGGAGUGUGUGUGGAGCGUGAUCGUGAGGGAGUGUGUGUUCCUCUCCAGCAGCUGGUUGUGGUUAAGAGUGAAACAGAACCUUCUGCUAUCAGCUUCAUGGGAGCGCUGCGCAUCCCUGGAGUGGUAGAGUUUUCUCUUUGCCUGCUGUUUGCCAAGCUGGUGAGCUACACGUUCCUCUUCUGGCUGCCAAUGUACAUCACCAAAACGGCUCAUUUGGAUGCUAAGAAGGCAGGAGAUCUGUCCACCUUGUUUGAUGUUGGAGGAAUCGUAGGUGGUAUCUUGGCUGGUGUGGUUUCUGAUAAACUGGGUAAAAGAGCCAGCACCUGUGCUGUGAUGUUGCUACUAGCAGCCCCCACACUCUACGUGUUCUCCAUGAUAAGUGAGCUUGGUCUGGGCCCCACAAUAGUGAUGUUGCUGGUUUGUGGGGGGUUGGUAAAUGGACCAUAUGCCCUUAUAACCACUGCAGUAUCAGCAGACCUGGGCACUCAUAAGUCUUUGAAGGGGAAUGCUCGUGCACUGUCGACAGUCACAGCCAUCAUUGAUGGCACUGGCUCUGUUGGUGCUGCAGUAGGCCCUCUGCUGGCAGGGUUGUUAUCUGCGCGGGGCUGGGAUCAGGUCUUCUACAUGCUCAUGGCUGCAGACUUCCUGGCUUUGCUGCUAUUGCUGCGGUUAGUGAUGAAGGAGAUGAAAUCCGGGAAAUCUGGAAAACCUGGAGUGGCUGUGGAGCUGAAAGAACACUGAGCACUUUAUGGGAAGAGAAUCCUGUUUUUUGCACACACACACACACCUGUGCAAGACCUUUACUGGGUCCUGCAGGAGACCAUUGGGUUGAUCUCUGACCCAGGAAGAGGACUGAUGACCUAUGACCUCUGAAGAAGAAUAUGAACUCAGACCCAAAGGGAGGUGCUACUACCAAAGACCGUCUCUGCUGGAAAUUACAGGGGACUUUCCUUGUGCGUGCGUGCGUCUUUGAGCUGUAGGGUGCAUCUCUAUCCUCUUGUGUGCUGCAGUCCUGUGGAGCUCUCAAAUUAUGGUUUUUACCUGUGUAUGUCUGUGUGCGUGUGUGUGUGUGUGCGUGUGCGUGCGCAUAUGCGUGUGUCUGUAUGUGCGUGCAUGUGCGUGCAUAUGAGGAUGACAACAUUUACAAAAGCUGCAAAAUCUAAACCAAAGAUAAAUUAUUUUGCCUUGUGUGUGUGUGUGUGGAGUCCACUCUAAAAUUGUAUGCCUCUGUUGGGUGUUUGUUCUUCUGUGUAUUUUUUUUUAUUAUUAUUCUCUCCUUGGAAUGGGCAUAAUGACUUGAUUAUUAUUAUUAUAAAAUAACAAAAUGAACGUCUGAGUUAAUUAUUAUUUAUGAACUAAAUGAAUGUCUGUGUUUAUUAUUAUUCAUGAACUAAAUUAAUGUAAACUAAAUUAAUGUCUGAGUUUAUCAUUAUUAUUUUAUUAUUAAAGAACUGCAUUAAUAUAUAUAUA